ACGCGUUCGCGAAUUCAUUUCACAAUUGGAAGACAAGAUGAAGACACCAGAUCAAAGCGCAUCGCCCACAAUCGAAAGGCGCAUAUGUCAAAUUAAAUUGCAUCGUCUACGUAAGCCGUAUAGGACUAUUAGUGACCGAAAUAUCCUGAACUUCGUCAGGAUGGUUAAUCCGGAAAUACGCAGUACUUCGUUGGUUUGCGAGGAUUGCUAUAACACUGCGAAGCAGAUCUACUUGCCAAAGCUGCGGCUUUUAAAAGCGAAGCGAGCUGCGAAGAAAGAUGGAGCACAAACCGACUCCAUAUCAGACGUAAGCAGCGUGUUGAGUGCGGUAGUCUCAGCUCCAUCGACAGUCUCGGCUCCAUCGACAGUCUCAACAUCCAGUCAGGAGCAGCAGACUUCGAAAACAUUGGGGGCCAAGCGCAGACGCGAUUAUGAUGACGACGACGACGAUGAAAUGUUGAGUCUGAAUGCUUUUAAUGGGACACGAUUGCCGCAUAUUCAACCCAUUCCCAAGCGUCGUAAAGAUGCUCUUGACCAUUUGGAUCCCUUCUCUCGGGGCAUAUUACAGCAGGGAAUAAGAGGAGGUUGACUUUCAUCUACAGGCCUGGAUCAUACGAACGGAAGCUAUCAAUGGAGUUAAAUGUAACAUCCUCCUUCUGUUCGAAAUAAAGCAUCAGCUUACAAAUAAAUAAUUA